GCCUGAUAUCCUCGCACAAUAUAAGGAGCAGCGAAGAUGUUCGACACAGCAUCACAACCUCCUGGUAACCAAGAGCAUCUGAAACCUUCACAGCUAUCUGCACAGACACAGAGAUGCUUCUCUCUGUCCUUCUUGUGCUGGGCAUCAGCCUGGUGCCUACUCACUCCAAACCAGCAGGCGAAUAUCUGGGCAGUCCAUUACUUAAAAGAUGUUUUCAAGAGGCAAAAAAUCUUGUAGAUGAUGCCUACACAUUCUCCAGAGAAGAGAGUCUGAGACGAGUCCGCAGGGAGGUGGUGAGCCCUCACGACGCCCUUCGUCUAAUGAAGCAGCCUCGUGGUGACACACGCUCAGCUGUGAGAUCUGCAGACUACAUGGCGCAAACCCUCCGUCUGCUGCACGAGAGGGUGCAUCGUGUGCACAAGCGCUCACUCAACGCAACAGAUUUGCUCUCUGCAGAGGACUUGAGAAAGCUCUCUGAAAUAUCUGGGUGUGCAGGUCGAGUCCGCAUUCCACAAUGCCGCACCACGCAAAAUCUGAACAAGUAUCGCACAAUCACCAGUCUCUGCAACAACCUACAAAACCCUCGCCUCGGAGCCUCCAACACCCCUUUCACCCGCUGGCUACCAUCCGAAUAUGAGGAUGGUGUCUCUGAACCGAAAGGCUUCAGAAACCAAACAGUGAACAACUUCUGGCUCCCACUGGUGCGACAGGUGUCGAACAACAUCCUAAGCACAACCGAUGCAGGUGUGGUUAACGACGGAGAAUUCACUCACAUGGUGACCUUGUUUGGCCAAUGGAACGAUCAUGACCUCACCUUCACGCCGUUCUCCCCCAGCAUCCGCUCAUUCAGCAAUGGGCUGAACUGUGACGAGAGCUGUGAGAGAACUGAGCCAUGCAUCCCCAUCAGGAUUCCUCCUGGCGACCCCCGCUUGCCCUCUCGCCCAGACAGCUGCAUCCCAGCAUUCAGAUCUGCUCCUGUUUGCGGAACGGGAAACUCGGCCUAUAAUUUUGGUGGAGAACCCAACAAGAGAGAGCAGAUCAAUGCUUUGACAGCCUUCCUGGAUCUCAGCCAAGUGUACGGCUCCGAGGAUAAACUUGCCCAGUUUCUUCGUGACCUUGAAAACGAUAAUGGCCUGCUGCGUGUGAACACCGAGUUUAGAGACAAUGGGCGUGAGCUGCUGCCCUUCCAUCCUCUCCAGGUGAACAUGUGUGCCACUCGCAGAAGAGUCACUAACGACACCAACGCCAGAGAGGUACCCUGUUUCAUCGCAGGUGAUGUCCGCGUGGACGAGAACAUCGCUCUGACAUCCAUUCACACUUUGUUCAUGCGUGAGCAUAACCGCCUGGCUCGUGAACUGAAGAGACUGAACCCACACUGGGACAGUGAGACCGUUUACCAAGAGACCCGCAAGAUCAUGGGUGCCUACACACAGGUGUUUGUGUUCAGGGACUAUCUGCCACACAUUGUGGGCACUGAUGCGAUGCGCAGACAGCUUGGUCGUUACCCUGGCUACAACCCCAACACUGACCCCAGCAUCUCUAACGUCUUUGCGACAGCAGCUUACCGCUUUGCCCACUUGGCUAUCCAGCCAGUCUUAUCCCGUCUGGAUGCAAACUACAGGGAGAACUCCCAGUUCCCCAGUGUCCCCCUGUUCAAGGCCUUCUUCACCCCCUGGAGAGUUGUCUUUGAGGGUGGCAUCGACCCUCUGCUGCGUGGUUUGAUCGGCCGUCCAGCUAAACUGAACACUCAGGAUCACAUGAUGGUGGAUGCUCUGAGGGAGAGGUUGUUCCAGUUUGUGCAGCAUCUGGCUUUGGAUCUGGGCUCUCUCAACAUGGAGAGAGGACGUGACCACGGCUUGGCUGGCUACAAUGCCUGGCGCAGGUUCUGUGGCCUCUCACAGCCCAGGAACCAGGCACAGCUUGCUCAGGUCCUGAACAACAGUGACCUGGCUCGCAGGCUGCUGCAGCUCUAUGGCACCCCUGAAAACAUUGACGUCUGGCUGGGAGGCGUGGCAGAGCCAUUUGUCCGUGGUGGCCGCGUGGGGCCUCUGUUUUCCUGCCUCAUUGCAACACAGUUCCAGAGGAUCCGCCAGGGCGACAGGCUGUGGUAUGAGAAUCCGGGUGUCUUCACCCCAAGUCAGAGAGCCGCUCUGUCCACAGCCUCCCUGUCCAGGAUCAUCUGUGACAACACCGGUAUCACAUCUGUCCCCACUGAUGCCUUCAGCAUCCUCUCAAACAGGAACAGGCUCGUCCGCUGCUCCAGCAUCAGGCGCUUGAACCUGUUACCCUGGAGGGAGAGACCCUGUUCAGAAUCAGGAGGAUCCCCUGGACCAAGAGGACCAAGAGGACCUAGGGGGUAUCGAGGACAACGAGGUCCAGUAGGACCCCCUGGCCCAAGAGGCCCUCCAGGACUGCCAGCAUUCAACUUGACUUCCUCUCAGCCGCAAUCUGCCUUCUCUGUCCGCUUGGGCGAGUACAGCUCCUCCUCCGAGAAAAUCAUUCAUUUCCAACAGGUCAUCUACAACAAACAGAACCUUUACAGCACUAAGACUGGCCUGUUCACAUGCGUCAUCCCCGGUGUCUAUCAGUUCAGCUUCCUCUGCUCGUCCCUCAUCAGUGCCAGAAGUGUGGACCUGUGGCGUAACAAAGAGCUGGUGCUGCGCAGUGGCAGCGUGUAUCAGGGAGGACGCCACUUGUCAUCAGGGGACACUGUGCUGUGGCUGGAGGCGGGAGACAAAGUGUGGCUGGAUGCCGCCGGCGGGACCACCGGCCUGAGCACUGAAAGCUUCUUCUCGGGACACCUGCUCUUCACUGUGUGACACCAAAGCUUCUUCUUCUUCUUUGCUCUGAACUGCCUUCAUCUAACGCACCAGCAGUCCCUCUGCUUCAGGUGCUCUCUGCACUUUAUGUUACAUUAAUCAGGUUAAUAACAGUAUAUGUUAUUGAUAAUUCAUUUUUCACUGUUUGGGGCAAUCAACCAGACUAGGGCACACCAUACAACUAUACACUUUAUGCAGUUUUUUAAAAAUAUGAACGCAUUUUUUUAGCAGCCUUUUACCAUGAAAUGUGAAAACAAACUGUUACAGUACGCAGUCUACUAGUUAAUUCAGUCCGUGGUGCACUGUGAUGGUGAUAUUUGCUCUUAUUAUGAAUAUUUUAUGCAUCGAUGAAAUUUAAGCAUGCCUUGAAAAUGUUGUGUGUCGUGCUCGUGCCUGUGAGGCUUGUUUUACUGUAACUUCCAAAUCUGUUGUAUUCAGAAUUCAAUCAAUAAACUAAAAAAACACUGAGCCACAGCAAAA